UCCAAUCAUAUAGGUUUUGAUUUAUUUUGACAAGGCACAGCUCCCAAUAGAGUUUCAUGUUUGGUUGUUUUUUGUGCGACUAAAUGACCAAUGAAAUCUUGCCAAUUAAUGACCUUUCUGGUUGACUGAUGUUUGGUCAACUAUUAGGGAGCAGCCCUAGUUGCAACUUAGAAGUGGGGAUGUUAGUUGGCAUUUUAACCCCAAGGUCACAACCCCUACCCUUGACCAUUUCACUAAGAAAAAUCUAAUCACCAUGCUUAAUUCUUUGGGACAGUGGGAGCAAGCGGUAAAGUGCAUUUGGAUCGAUAGCAAAAUACAUUGCCCGCAUUGUGGUAGAAAUCAGCUGCUCCUGGUGUUUCCUGCAAUUGGUGUUUCCACUGUAAAAAAAAGAAAAAAAAAACAACCCAAAGGGUUGGUCGCUCCAUUUGCCCAGCCCUCUUCUAAUGUGAGGAUAAGUGUGAGGUAAUAUUUCUGAACAGCACAUUUGCUGUACACACCUCUGGCUGAUUGUCGGUGGUCCUGGACUCAUGAUGCCUGCUGGCGCCUUCCUCUUUCUGCUCCUCCUUACAGCCGUGCACAAGUCAUCUGAGACAGUGUGCAGUUAUCAGGAUGUUUUAAACUACCUGAACUUGACCAGAAACAAUGAGCUGUUCUUCAUGACCCGGCCUGUCAAAGACUACCAAAACCCCACACAGGUAUUCCUGGAGGUACUGCUGUAUGCCAUUCUAGAUGUGAGAGAGAUUGACCAGACAUUUGUUCCUUAUGUUUGGAUUUUCACGAAGUGGCAGAACGAACACAUUCACUGGGAUCCAAAUGACUUUUGUGGUAUUGAGACUGUUUCUCUUCCCACCGAGGUUUUGUGGAAGCCAGAUAUAGCUAUUGAAGAAAUGACAGAAAAAGACAAAGCUCCUCCAAGUCCUCAUCUCACCAUCACCUCUACUGGUGAAGUCCAUGUUCAGGAUGACCAGGUGCUUGUCAGCACCUGCAGAAUGCACGUUUACAAAUUCCCCUUUGACAUUCAGAGCUGCAAACUCACCUUCAAGUCUGUCGUACAUUCUGAUGCAGAAAUACAGCUUGUUCGCCAUAUCAAUUCGUCACAGGCCACAGAGUGGUCUCGUGAGGUGAUGCGGACCCAGUAUGAGUGGCUGUUCAUCAACAUGACAGUCACCAACAAAACUGUCAACAUGUUUGACUUUCAACAAGACGUGAUGAUUUACACUAUCACCAUGAAGAGGCGGUCUCUCCUCUACAUUGUCAACUUCUUACUGCCCAUCCUGUUCUUCAUGUGUCUGGACUUGGCUUCCUUCCUGAUAUCAGACAGCGGGGGCGAGAAGCUCAGCUUCAAGGUCACUGUGCUGCUUGCUGUCACUGUGAUGCAGCUUAUUCUCAAUGAAAUUCUGCCUGCCUCUUCAGACAGGAUUCCACUUAUAGCGGUCUACUGCAUUGGAAUUUUUGCUCUUAUGAUGCUGAGCCUCCUGGAGACAAUUUUGGUGAUGUAUCUGAUGGAGAAAGACUCUUCAUACCAAGACAACGAGUGCAGUGAGGACAACAAAUGGACUCCCAGUGAUGCAUCUGUUGAUGAAACUCCAAUUAAACUGCUCAAGGGUACUAGCAGCCAAAUGACAGAGGAGUCCCAUGCCUCAGAUGAGCUGAGGGAGGUGGUUAAAAUGCUGGCUGUGCUCCUCAACAGCAGGAAGGAAGAAGGAAAGCCCAGCUACUGGACCAGAGUGGCUAAAACAAUCAACAAAGUUUUCUUCAUUUUCUAUGUCAUAGCUGCAAGUCUGUUUUUAGUCUAUAUGUUUUUCCACUGGACUGAUGCACACGAUAAUGGUGCAACACGAGGACACAUAUAAUUGAGAUAUGGUUCUCUUUGCAGGUACAAGCAAGACUUACUAUCAUACAAAAUUUUAACUUUCAGUAAAAACCCUUCCCUGUGUAUCUGACAUGCACAAAUGUAUGUGUGACUCCACGGCGGGUUAAUGCAUUUUUGAUGAUUGAUCUUUCCUGCAUCACAAGAACUUUGCAGUGAGUAGUGUUUGCAUGUUUUACACACUGCUACAUAUAUAACACAUAUACUUUGUAUAGUCAGUAAAAAUCUGCUUGUAUGCCAUCAAAUUGUUGCUCUAAAUGCCUUUGAUAUGUGCAAUUCAAAAUCACACUGAAAAUCAAAGUAAAACAUUGAAA